AUGGCGUCAACACAGUUUCUAGAGGAAGCGCUUAGUACUGACGUCGAUGAAUCAGCCGUGAAUGCUUUAGUCGGCUCAUUAGAGACGCAGUUAGUACCUCCUACUUCAGUUCAGAGCAAUGCUGACGGAAAGGUGGUUCAAAAUCAUGUGAAUAAUACUAUUUCAAACGGGGGCAUUGUUCAAAAACACGGUGUAUCAAAUGAAGAAUCAGAGGGAUUAGUAAAUAAUGCUGGUGGUGUGAUUCCUGAUGGAAAUUCAAAUACAAAACAAACUCUUGUUCGGUCUACUAGUCUCGCGCAUUCUGCUGUUGUUAAUACAGUAGUGACCUCAUUAAGUGGCUUGCCCAUCAGUCAAAUUGGACCAAAUGUCAUAACAAAAUCAAGUGAUGGUGUUAAAAUAGUGACUUAUCCCGCCGGGAAUCAAUUAGGAAGUCCUCAAGUUGUGAAUAUUAAUAACAGAGUGUCAUUCCCUCAAACAAUUACUUUACCCAAUGGUAGUAUACCCAGCAGUGUGAUAAGUUCAGUGCCCUCCAAUGUACAAACAAUAGUGACAAAUUCACCUUUAAAUAAGUCUCUACCUGGAGCAAUUAAUGUUAUAAAAGUUGACCAAGGUCAACCUUCUGGUGCUACACUUGUUAUUAAGACACCAGGCUCAGGUCCCAUGACAGCAGGUAGUAUGACAUUAACCCAGGGCACACCUGGAACUACUGCAGCUCCUGGGAUUGUUACCCUCGCAAAGCCUCUAAUGGCAGGACAAUCAGUGGGAAACACAGUUCAAAUUUUAAAUGUAAAUGCUGUUAGACCCGGAACUCCUAUUCAAGGACAGAAAGGUCUACCUCAGCAUAGGGUAGUUAUCAAUUCUCCACAAGUGAUAAGCCGUCCAGGAGCACCUAAUCAACCUACACAAAUAACACUUUCCCCAUUGCAAGGAUUACAACCGGGUGGUAGUGGUCAUAUUUUAGUUAAAAGUGAAAGUGGUCAAUUACAGUUAAUAAGGAUAGGACCAGCUCCAACGGCUACUCCUGGAGCUCCUAGUGGUACAAUAGCUUCAAAUAAUGCAUCCCAGUUUAGAAUUCAAUCUUUACCUGUACAGCAAGGGAGUGGCUCGACAGCAGCAGUUGUUAUCGCAACCAGCACUGCUGGUUCUAUACAGUCUUCUCAACCACCAGGGCUUACAGCAACUACUCCUAAACAGCAAAUGGAUACUACCAAAGAAAAAUGUCGAAAGUUCCUUGCAAAUCUAUUAGAGUUGUCUAGUAGGGAGCCUAAAGCUGUUGAAAGAAAUGUUCGAACCUUAAUUCAAGAAUUAAUCGAUGCCAAAGUCGAACCUGAAGACUUUUGUGACAGACUAGAAAAACUAUUAAAUGCUUCUCCUCAGCCUUGUUUAAUAGGAUUUUUAAAAAAAAGUCUCCCUCUUUUACGUCAAUCUCUGUUUUCAAGAGAAAUGACCAUAGAAGGAAUCAGACCUCCACCACAGCAAGUUGUAAGUACAACUGCUAGUGUUGCCCAAGUGCCACAAAUGCAGGCUCAAUUGAGGCCUCAAAUGGUAACUCAAACAGUCAGGGUAGUUGCGCCACUUAAUGCUGCAGGUCAGAAUAUUAGUGUCACUACUCCUAGAAUGGGAACCCUGCAAAAUAGAGGACAAAUACCUGCUCAAGGUAAAAUAAUCGCGACAUCUAUUCGCGGUCAAACUCCUUUAGCAACUUCAACGCAACCGCCUCCUCUUCAUCAUACAACGCCUAUAUCAUCCCAGACCCCGUCAUCGCCGCCGGUUCAUCAAAUACGGCCGACAACUCCUGCAAGGGCAGCUGCACCAAAAAACCAAACGACUAAAACUCCCGUAAAACAAGUUAUUACCAAAACCACUGUUCAAACUAAAUCAAAUGCGAAUAAUUCUAGAAGUAUAAAUGUAAUUGCAAAACCGAGUACUCCUUCCGUAACAAAUAAAUCAAUAUCCAAAGUUAUUUCCAAAGGGGGAUACGAAGAACUUAAGUUUGGAGCAACAAGUUUUAGUGGAGACGAUGAUAUCAACGAUGUGGCCGCCAUGGGUGGUGUAAAUCUUGCGGAAGAAAGCCAAAGGAUAUUGGGUUCAACACAAUUUGUGGGUACUCAAAUUCGAUCGGUUAAAGAUGAAAUAUUUUUACAUUCAAUACCGUUGCAAAAUAAAAUUAGGCAAAUAGUUUCUAAUCACGGAUUGGACGAACCGAGUUCAGAAGUGGCAUCUCUGGUGUCUCACGCGUGCCAGGAACGAUUAAAAACAUUAAUAGAAAAAUUAGCUUGCAUAGCAGAGCAUAGAAUAGACGUUAUUAAGUUGGACUCGAGAUACGAAGUAGUACAAGAUGUUAAGGGUCAGCUUAAGUUUUUAGAAGAACUAGAUAGAGUCGAGAGAAAAAGACACGAGGAGCAGGAAAGAGAGCUUUUAUUGAGAGCGGCAAAAAGUAGAUCAAAGUCUGAGGAUCCCGAACAAGUGAAAUUAAAGGCCAAAGCCAAAGAAAUGCAAAGAGCAGAAAUGGAGGAGCUUCGACAAAGAGAGGCCAAUCUCACUGCACUUCAAGCUAUAGGACCAAGAAAAAAACCAAGAUUGGACGGACCUGGAAAUUCCGGGGAUGCAUCGGGUACGGGAUCAUCGGGUACGCUUUUCGGACGACCGCAUCUGCCUCUUAGACCACGUUUGAAACGGGUCAACCUUAAAGAUUUGUUAUUUUUAUUGGAACAAGAAAAAGAAACAUCAAAAACAAACUUGUUAUACAAAGCGUAUUUAAAGUGA